UGUGACUUGUGCAGUACCAACCUUGCGAGGAUGGCGCGUCCUGCUGCCAGAAAUCCAAUGGCUUCCUCACUGUUUCUGCUCCGAAAGCUUAGGUCUUGGCUGAGGACCGAGCAGAGUUGGAUCAUGGGGCACCAUAGGCUUCUAAACAAAUUGUUCUGGAAUUCGGCAUUCCCAUUUGGAGAGCUUGCAAAGGGCAGCUCGCAAUUCAGCAGCAAAAGGAAGAGCGCCAGCGUUGCCACAUACAUACGCUGUUUCCCUUCCAAUCAACUGUCUAAAGUUCUCACGUGCGCUGCGUGCAUUCCCCUCAGCGGUGGCGCAUCACUGUACGCAGCUGAUCAGACGCGUGGAAACCGGCAAGCGAGCGGCGAAUCCAUGAGCAGCCUAACUGAGCCAACAUGAGCACUUUUCCGACAAGCUGCAGCUUCUCACCCCCAGAGUCGGAUCGCACGGCCGGCGUCAUGGGCUCUUGUGAAGACAAGCCGAUUGGGCGAAUGACACUGCCCACGUUUCUUUUCCUCGCCAAGAACAAGAUGGGGGUGCGAGCGUCUAUGCCCGCCUUCUUUGCGAUCGCCCGGGGACUGGCCGUUGGGGUGCUGAUCGUGCUCUUUUUCACACUCUACUCAUCGGGGCCUUCCUGCAGCCAGGAGCUGGGGCUUCCGAGGAAGGGGCUGGCUGAUGCGAACGGGCUCGCGGGUGAGAAUGGAGUCGCUGCUGUGGGUGGGCUUGCUGGUGUGAAUAAACUCCCUGAGAAGACGGCAGAUCUGCCGGGGUGCAUUCUCAUGAUGGACCACCGCUUUGGGUGGAACGAGGAUGACUUUGAGGGCUCGAAAGACGGCCCGAGCGGGGCGUUUGAGAAGUGGGGGCGCGAGAUCGAGUACCACCGCCCCUCGCGCUUUGUCAAUUGGAUGUACGCAAUGCGGCACGGGUACCGCUUUGCGAGCGGCAACGCGACCAUGUACAAGAAGGAUAGGCACCCUUCUUGGUUGAAGGUGGCGUAUAUGAGAGACCAGCUCAAGUGCUGCUGCAAGUGGGCCAUGAUGAUCGAUUCGGACUCGUACGUGCGCCUCGAGUCGCACAAAAUGCGGGUUGAAGAUUGGGUCAUGCAAGUGAUGAAGGAAGAUAAGGAGUCGGAGAAUGUGCGCACGAAGCAGCUGGUCGUCCCGGGGGAUCCCUCCAGCUUCUUCAGCGGCGAGGAGAGGGACGACGCGAUCGAAAUGAUCAUGGCGAGGAAUGGUAACGAGAAGGGGGGCUUUCAGGGCGAGCCGGAUGCGUUUGAUCGGAUCCAGGAAAAGGACGUUCUGUGUGCGGGGACCUUCUUGCUGCGGCGGAGCAAGAAAGCCAUCCAACUGUUGGAAGAUUGGUUCUCAUACGACGGGCCCACGUUGUUUGAGCACGCAUGGGAGCAGACGCCGUUCAACCGGUUGGUGUACCCAAAGUAUGAAAAGAAUGUUGCGGUGUUCCCGUUCACGGAAAUUGGGCCAAACGGGCGGGCGGUGAACCACGUGUGGGGGGCGGAUAACACGUUGGACGAGCGAAACGAGAUGGUGCGGGCAGCGGCGCUGGGGGUGAUCAGGAGUCUGCCGACGUGGGUGUUGGAAAACAUCCAAGAACGAGUUGAUGGUCCAAAUGCGAGACCAAGCACCCCAGAUCCUGAGGUUGAGCGACAGGCCCCUCCAUUGUAAGGUACGAGAUACAAGAAAGGAUCAUCCCCUGAACCAUUAUUAGGUCACGAGCAUACAGAAGGGUCACAGAGUCACGAGACUGAACGUACAGGCGACUAAGGACCUGCAGUGUCAACAUUCUCCAGCACCGGUUCAUACAGUCUUGUUCUAGUCAACGAGUUGGUUGAGCGUGUGACUGAAUCAGUAUCUCCCGUAAGUUCAGCUACUGUAGCGACCGCGUGCUUUCUAGUCCGUUGGACGACUCCUUCCAUUCCUGUCAGCAUGUCUGGUGUGGCAUGCAUGGAUACCACUUUUCUAGCGCUACAGAAACAAUCGAGGUCAGAAUUUGUCAGUCCCCAUAUAUACUGUCAAGCCGAUAUACAUGCAGAGCCAUA